GAGCUCACACAGGGUUUCUCUCUCUUUGUUUCUCUGUGAUUCUUGUUUCCUAAUUAAGCUUAGAAAAGCGAGUUUCGCUUUUUCCAACUCGCCGUUUCGAUUAUCCAGUGUUCAGAAGAACGUAGAGACAGUGGGCACAUUUGAUUGUGAAGGAGUUUGUAGAUUUGUCCGAAGUUUGUAUUUAUAGAGUGAAUUUCGGACUUUAAGAGGAACAAGUAUAAUCAGGAGAAGAUUUAUUCCCAAGCAAUCUGUUACAUUGACCUCGCCAUUGUUUCAUGCGUGUAGAGGUUACAUUUUUUAUGUUGAUGGAACUUUCUCGUUAGUCUAAAUACAAGUUAGGCUGGCUCUGGAGAGUUACCUAGACUCCAGUCACCAAGCGGUUGUGCCGCCCAUGGCACCUUCUCGGGUGGCUGGAGGCUUAACCCAAUCAUCAUCAAGUUCUGGAAUAUUCUUUCAAGGAGAUGGGCAGUCACAGAAUGUAGUUAAUUCUCACUUGAGCUCAUCUUUUGGUAACUCAUCUAACAUGGCUCCUGGAACUGGGCGUUCACAUCUGGGUCCGGUUUCUGGGGAUAUGAAUAAUGCAGUUUUAAACAGUGUGGCAAACUCUGCACCAAGUGUUGGAGCCAGUUCUUUAGUCACAGAUGCUAAUUCUGCACAAUCUGGAGGUCCCCAUUUGCAGAGAAGUGCAAGCUUUAAUACAGAUUCGUACUUACGUUUACCUGCCUCACCCAUGUCAUUCACAUCAAAUAAUAUUAGUAUUUCAGGGUCAUCAGUUAUGGACGGUUCUUCUGUAGCACAACAGAGCUCUCAUCAAGAUCAGAAUGUUCAACAAUUGCAGCAGAAUCAGCGGCAGCCACAAGGUGCUUCUAGUGCUACGUCUUUGCUUCCAUCUCAAACUGGCCCAGCUCCGCUCCCAAUGGGUGCACGAGUACCAGGAUCUUUCAUUCAAGAUCAAAAUAAUUUAUUAUCCCCGCCGCAGAAGAAACCUAGGCUGGAUAUCAAGCAGGAAGAUAUAAUGCAACAGCUUCUUCAGAGACAAGACCCCAUGCAGUUCCAGGGUCGUAAUCCACAAUUACAGGCUUUGCUUCAGCAUCAGCAGAGACUAAGGCAGCAACAAUUCCUUCAAUCAAUGCCACAGUUACAGCGAGCGCAUUUGCAACAACAACAACAGCAGCAACAACAACAAAUGCAAUUGAGGCAGCAAUUACAGCAACAAGUAAUGCAGCCGUCAUCUGGUGCAAAGCGCCCAUAUGACAGUGGUGUUUGUGCCCGUCGAUUGAUGCAAUACCUCUAUCAUCAAAGGCAACGACCAAAUGAUAAUAGUAUUGCCUAUUGGAGAAAAUUUGUGGCUGAAUAUUACUCUCCUCGUGCAAAGAAACGGUGGUGCUUGUCAAUGUAUGAGAAUGUUGGACAUCAUGCACUUGGUGUUUUCCCCCAAGCAGCUAUGGAUGCAUGGCAGUGCGAUAUAUGCGGUUCUAAAUCUGGAAGAGGAUUUGAGGCGACUUUUGAAGUACUCCCUAGGCUUAAUGAAAUCAAAUUUGGUAGUGGUGUGAUCGACGAACUUCUGUUCUUGGACUUGCCACGUGAAUAUAGAUUUCCUUCUGGUGUAUUGAUGUUAGAAUAUGCAAAAGCAGUUCAGGCGAGUGUAUAUGAGCAGCUUCGUGUUGUUCGUGAGGGUCAACUUCGUAUAGUAUUCACGCAAGAUCUGAAGAUAUUAUCUUGGGAGUUUUGUGCAAGGCGCCAUGAAGAACUUCUUCCUCGAAGGUUGGUUGCACCACAGGUCAACCAAUUGGUUCAAGUAGCACAAAAAUGCCAAAGUACAAUUGCUGAAAGUGGAUCUGAUGGGAUUUCUCAGCAGGAUUUGCAAACAAAUAGCAAUAUGGUAUUAACAGCUGGGCGACAUCUUGCGAAGAGUUUGGAGUUACAGUCGUUAAAUGACUUGGGUUUCUCCAAAAGAUAUGUGAGAUGUUUGCAGAUAGCUGAGGUUGUCAAUAGCAUGAAAGACCUGAUAGAUUUCUGCCAGGAGCACAAAGUUGGCCCAAUUGAAAGCUUGAAAAAUUAUCCUCGACAUGCUACUGUUGCCAAGCUUCAGAUGCAAAAGAUGCAGGAGAUGGAACAAGUAGCAAAUGUUCAAGGUCUGCCAACAGAUCGAAACACACUUAAUAAGCUAAUGGCAAUGCAUCCUGGCUUGAACAGUAAAAUCAACAAUAAUCAUAAUAUGGGUAAUCGUGGUGCUAUAAGUGGAUCGGCACAAGCUGCUUUGGCACUGACCAACUACCAGAAUCUUCUCAUGAGGCAAAACUCGAUGAAUUCAAAUUCUGGCUCUGUCCAGCGAGAAGGAUCGUCGUCUUUCAAUAAUGCAAACCAGAGUCCAUCUUCAACCUUGCAAGGUGCUGCUGGAGCUGCUGCUUUAAUUCCAGGGUCAAUGCAGAACUUACCAGUUAGUGGAUUUUCCAGUCCCCAUCUGCAACAGCAUCCGCAACACCAGAUGCAACAGCAGCAGCAACAGCAGCAGCAACAGCAGCUGCAACAACUUCAACAACGUUCUCUAAGUGCAAAUAGCUUACUGCAACAAAGUCAUUCACAGGGCUCCCAAGGAAAUCAGGCGCUACAACAGCAGAUGAUCCAGCAACUGCUGCACGAGAUGUCUAAUAACAGUGGAGGGGUGCAGCCCCAGUCCCUUGGUGGACCCAAUGCAAAUGGGAGUAUGGCAAAGAAUGGGAUGACCUUUGGAGGCCAGAUUCCACCAGUAAAUGGAGGUACUGCUAAUGUUUCGGGAAGUAACGGACCUGUUCCUAGCCGGAGCAACAGCUUCAAAGCUGCUUCAAACAGUGAUUCUUCUGCAGCUGGUGGAAACAAUGGAUUUAACCAGAGAACAUCUGAUAUGCAACAAAAUCUCCAUUUGCCAGAAGAUGUCAUUCAGGAUAUUGCCCAUGAUUUUGCGGAUAAUGGCUUUUUUAACAGUGAUCUAGAUGAUAACAUGGGUUUUGGGUGGAAGGCUUGACUAACACAACUUUGUCCAGUAAUUGGCUUCUCUUGGAUUAAGUGUCGAGGGUAUUAUCUUUGUACAGGAUAUUUUAAAUAGCUGAUGCUUCUUUUCUUUGUUCUCCCUGCUCAUUUUCUUGAUGGAAUUUGUUGUGACAUGAUUUACGGGUGCCUGAUUAAGUUUUUAUAGAUCUUAUUUGAGGGUUUUGUCUCACGACGGCAAGUGUAAUCUAUUGGACAACUUAAAAAACAGUUGUAAGCUUCCUAUUUAUAC